AUGUCUUCUCUCUCUAUCUCUUUCACCCGGCGACUUCACGAAGCAAUUAAUCGAUUCUUUGAAUCUGUCACAGAUUUUCAAUCUAAAAAGACAACACACAAAUCUCCAAUUUUUGACACCGAUAACUUUAUAAUCAUGGAAGGGUAUCUCCAAGAAUCCAUGUCUCAUGCAAAGUGGAAAUCGUCAUCUGAAACCGUUGAUGAAUCUAACAACGUAGUUUCAGAUAAUUUCGAUUGUAAUAUUUGUCUAGACACAGUCCAAGAUCCUGUGGUCACACGUUGUGGACAUCUCUAUUGUUGGCCAUGUGUUUACAAAUGGAUGAAUCUUUCAAACAAAGUAAAUACUCUAUGCCCUGUAUGCAAAACCGAAAUAUCUGAAAAAACCUUAAUUUCAUUAUACGUCCCUACCUCAACCGUAAAACCGAAUUCUCAAGAAAAAAUAGUCUCAAUCCCACGUAGGCCAUGUAGGGUCCACACUAUGCCACGUCAACAACAUAGUUUACGUGACAUUCGACAAGAAGUACCGAAUGUAAUUUUACGGGCAAGCCCGAUAUCUGGGAUGUUUGGUGAAAUGGUGUGCAAGGGGCUUUUUGGGAAUUCGGAAGAUUUGUUGUCUGGUUAUGGAGAUUCGUAUAUUUUAGCGGGGAUGAGUACGCAAAGGGCGAGAAGGCAAGCAAUUCGAGAUGAGAGGUCUCUUGGACGAAUUUGUUUUUUCUUGUUCUGUUGUGUAAUGUUGUGUCUCGUUUUAUUUUGAAUAUCCGAUUCCAUGAUAUAUUGUAACUAAAAACUAAAAAGAUAGAAAUUUUGAUAUGUAUCCAUAGAUGGAUUACGCCAUAUAUAUGGAAUUCAAAUUUAUAGGCCAUUUGCACAUUUGUGACCAUCUUUCCUUGUUGCGGCAUUGAGGAAGGACAAAGUAGGCAGCUGCAGAUGGGCUAUUUUUUUCAUUAUAUAUUUUUUUAAGAAUAAAAAAUUAUAAUAAAGAUAAUGACCCCUUUUUUUUAUUCAUCCUGAGCCUUUGAGAAUAUUUAAUUUUUCAGGACAAAAGUAUGGCUUAUUAUGGUGAACUUUAAAAGUAAAAAUCUUCAAGGAUAAUGUGUACUGAUUAUUUGAUAUGGAGGUGUUGUUAUGUUCGUUGUUUCAAAAAGAAAAAAAAAAAAUCUUUCUUGUUUUAUAUCUUCUAAUUUUUGGUUUUACAAAUCAUAAAAUUAUCAACAGUGUAUUUUAUACUAUCAUUUUGCUUUCAUGACGCCUAAAAAAUAAUCAAAUGAUUUUGAAAAGUGUGAUAACGCAUUAUCUCUUUUAUUACUAAAAGUAGACUAGAGACCCUUUCACCUUGAAAGAUUACCGGCGCAUUAGCCUAAUUGGUUGUUUUAAUAAGGUGAUCUCAAAACAUUUGUCCAAAAUACUUUA